AUGGAGAUUAAGCUAGAUGUUCUCAUCUCUACGAGUAUCAAGCAAAGAAAACCAUGGCCUCGCAUUUCAUGGGUUGGACAGGAAAAAGAGGCUAUUUUUCUUCUAGAUGAUAAACGUAUAAAUGAAAUUAACCUGGCAUCAGGGAAGACAAAAAAGAAAAUCCCUCGGCUGCAGUCAUUGUUGAAAAAUGUUGUUGUUUUAACAACAUCAAGAAAUGGUGCUUGGUUGGCAGGAGUACUUACAACAGGAGAGCUAUUUCUUUGGAAUAAAGAUCAGGACUGCUUGAAAAUUGUGCCAGCAAUCAAAGAGUCUAGGAACAUAGUUGCAGCAGCACAAGAGUGUUUAAUGAAAUUGUACUUGUAUGUAUCUGGAGAUGGCAGAAAGGCACUAUUAACUACUCCUACAGCAUGUGUCUUUUUGUGGGAGAGCACAGAACAUGAAAAUAUAUCCUCUUAUAAAAAUUCGUCUUCCGGACGUUGGACGCAAAUUUUGCCUGAUGAAUCAGUCAUGCUGCCUUCUACUGAAGAAAAAGAAAUUGGAGUGCAUGCUGCUUUCAUACAAAAUGAGAUACUGGGUGAUUGCUGUUUGUGCUGUUUUGUGUUUUACUCUGGAGAAUGUUUGGUGCUCACAUUUUUGAUUCUUCGAUGGCAUGAAAAUACCUUUAAAUAUGUUAGUUCUGUGCCAUAUCAGAUCCACUGGAUACAGCAGACUUGUUCUCUUGUUAAUUUGGUUCCUCCAUGUGUGACUGUAAAGUCAAGAGGAGCUUUGCUAUGUGCGUUUGCAAGAGAUGGACUUAUACUUGCAGUAGCUGUUAAUCAAACUGAUCCAAAGGCAACUCAGAUUUUGUUUUUAAACACAUUGAAUUUUAUAACUGUUUCGGGUAGCCUUAAAGGUUGUAGUAGCAAGAAUAGCAUGGUUCCAUCCAAGUUUAUCAGAUCUUACUGGGUUGGUGAUAUGAGUUGGACUCCUGAUAGCCUUUUCUUGGCUUGCAUGUUAAAACGUGGAUCUUUGAUUUUAUUGACAUGUAUGGGUGAAUUGCUCACCUUGAUUACUUCUGGCUGCUCUGUAGAAUUUGGACCAGCAGAGUUUAUUCCAUUUCAUCCACUAAUAUCAUGCAGGUAAAAACAGCGGCACUCUUUUUGUCAAGACUCCAGUCAGUCUCUGGGCUCUUCAGCUUCUGAAAGUGACCUUAUGAGACAGAGAUUCUCUGUUGCUUCACAUUCAAGAUUACCCUACCUCAUUGUCUCUGAUGGAUACAUGAUAACAGUGCUUAGAUUUCCUAACAACCUUUCAUCAUCAGGAUUUAUAAGAUCUCUUUUGCUUGAUUCAACCCAGCGGCUUGAAAAUGUCCGUCGGAAUUUGCUGAAAUCCAGGUCUAAAGGGAGACCUCUGUGUUUGCGAUCACUGAUGUCUUUAAAAGCUAGUCUUUUAAAACAUGCUCGAAACCAAAGUUCCAUCUUUUCCACCAUUCCAAAAUUCCUGGAAGAGGACACAACAGAAAUGAGUGAGAAAACCAUGGAUUUACUGGAUUAUGAAGAAGAAUCAGAUGAUGAAAAGCAGUUUUGCAGUAGCCCUUCCAACUUCUAUAGCCAAAGAGUCCAUUCAUUUGUUGGUAAAGCUGAUCAAGGCCACUUAGAGUUUGCAUCAAUGUUUGAUACUAUCCAUGCAAAAGACAGUUCUGAAGAGAAAGAUAAAUUAUCAGUGGAACUAUAUUCCAUUCAGAAAAAUCUCCUUGCUGCAUGGCACAUUGGGAUUUCAAAAAAUAUGGAAGAGAAAGAUACAUUGCUGAAUUAUACAGUGAACUGCAUUAUCCAUUUUUUCAACAUACUUCAGUUUGUGAAAUGUUCUUUGCUAAACCAGGACGCAUCUUCAAACAAGUCUGUGAAGAAUACUCACUGGAUGCAUUGUGUGCUAAAGUAUUUUCAGCAGUGUUUAACUGUCUUGUACUGGCAUUCAAGAGCCAAUCUGACUGGGCAUGUGGCCAAGCUGACAUUACAAACUUUAAAACUGAUGCUUACACAGCAACAAGAGCAGUUAUUCUCAAAAAACCUUUUGGCAUGCUUCUGUCUCUUGAAAAUGGUUUCUCACACUCUAAGUAGUGUGAUCAUACUACAGUAUGAGAAUUUUUUUGCAGCUCCUCAUGGUAAUAGCCUUGUGGAACUUGAUUCCCUCGCUGUGCCUGCUUUCCUAAAUCUUGAUGAGAGUACUACUCAGCAAUUCAGUUCACUGAAAUCUCUGCUUAGAGAACCUCCUCAAGCAGUAAACCAUGAUGCGAAAACAGAAAAAAG